GGGUAGCGUUCUCCCCGCCGAUCCGCCGUGGUAGAUCCCCAUGUGUCAGAUUGCCUUUCUCUCCCCUCUUUGCUGCUUGGUCUGCGACGGGGCGCACUUCGCUUUCCGUUCUCCCCGUUUCACCAGAUACAAAGUGCUGUUCUUCGAUCAUUUUCUGUUGCUCAUGUAUCAGCCUCCUCAUCCCCAACUAUGAGCGACAACAGCAAAAAGGUCGGGCUCUUGGCCUGGAAAGAUAUAUUGCCAUGGCAGAAGGAUAACGAGUACAUCUUGACGGCGUAUCGACCUGCCUCGUUCUCUUAUUCAAGGUCCAUCAAGAGCAUCCUCCAGAUACAUAAUGAAACAGCCAACAUAUGGUCGCACCUCAUCGGCGCUCUUCAGUUUCUUCUCGGGCUCCUUCGCUUCCUUCACUUUCACUCCUCCGCCAUCACCUCGAGCCGAGCCAUCAGCUUACCCGACGUUGCCGCCGUCUCAGCCUACUACUUCUGCGUCGUCGUGUGCUUUGCCCUCUCCACCGUCUACCACACCCUGUCAGACCACAGCGCGCCUGUUCACCGUUUUGGCAACCAGCUCGACCACCUCGGCAUUGUGCUCGUCAUGUGGGGGACCGGCGUGUCGGGCACGCACUUUGCCCUCCGCUGCGCGCCCGCCUCGCUACGGAUCCUGUAUUUCUCCGCCGUGACAGCCACCGCCGCGGGCUGCGCCGUCUUCACGCUGCAGCCUCGGUUUCGCACACCGAGCUUCCGCACCGCGCGCUUCCUCAUGUAUUGCUUCCUCGGCUCGAGCCUCUUUGCCCCCGUAGUGCACUCCUGGCGCAGUUUUGGUGGCGACGGAGACGGCCUCGCCGCGGUGAACGCCGUCAUGGGCCUGCGGUCGUUCCUCGGGCUCGGGCUCGUCAACUUUGCGGGCGCCGCCAUCUACGCGGCGAGGGUGCCGGAGCGCUGGUUCCCCGAGACGUUUGACCUGCUCGGGCAGAGUCACAACUGGAUGCACGUGCUCGUGUUUACGGGGGCGCUCAUCAGGCUUGGCGGACUGCUCGAGGUGUGCGAGGGGUGGGCUGCGGAUGGCGGGCUGGCUUCGUACUGCCAGGCUGCGAGAUGAAACAGGCCGCACAUCUUCUGGGGCAGAAUAGAUCAUGGUGUGUGAUGGAAGAAAUCAAAACCGUCUGUCUAGCUAUUCUCCAAAACUAGAUGGACAUGAUAGAUGUGGCAGGU